AUGAUUGAGGCUCUCUAUAUAGCCGAUACUACCAACACACUUGUGUUCGAGUACCUUAUAUCGAGAUCUGCGCCUUCAUUCAAGUCUCUCUGGGGAGUAAUCGAAACAAAUAUCCCCACCACUGGAUCAGAGCUCGAAUUCGAUAGUGUGGUUCCCUUCAUCAAAAUCAAUCAGGAUUACUUUGUGUGCUACCAAAACACAUCCCUGCUCACCGUGUAUGUGUUGUGUUCCACCGAGCAGAACCCAAACCCGUUGGGCCCCAUAGUGUUCGUCACACGGUUAUUGGCGGCAAUGGAAGAUUACUUUGGAAGUCCAUUGGCAGUAUCCAAGAUCGAUGCCAAUAAUGACACGUUGUAUCUUCUUAUCAAUGAAAUGGUGGAUGAUGGGAUCCCCGUAGUAACCGACGCAAACCAAUUGCGUGACCUCAUCCCGUUCAAGAGCUUGUUGUCGAGGAUAUUGACCACCACCAAUGAAUUGGCCCUGGCCAAGAGUUUGGGUGCCUUGGCUGGUUCCAUGCUGCUGACCAAGUCUGGACCUUCAUUCGGUGGCGCAGGAUCUGGAACACUCCAUGGCAAUGGAAGUCUCCAUUCUGGCUCUAAUUCGGGUUCUAGCUUUGGUACCGGUUCUGGUUUAUCGUUUGCCUCAGCGACUCCUUGGAGAAAAUCAAAUGUAAAAUAUACAAACAAUGAGAUGUUUGUAGACAUCAUAGAAACUAUCAACGUCAUCUUGAGACCAACUAGGAACUCCUCGAAGGCGUCCAAAUUGGCAUCGUCGUCGUCGGCCUUCUACUCGACCUCUGGACUUCAAGGUGGUGGCACUUCCAAACUUGUUGCGGUCACAGGGACCAUUGAUGGACAGAUUGAAUUCACAUCACAUCUCACUGGAAUUCCUGACCUACAAUUGUCUCUUCAAACUCCCUAUGGGGUUGAGAUUUCUGGUACUUCGUUCCAUCAAUGUAUCAGAUCUCCCCUUGAACGUUGGAGUAGUAAAAAUGGUGGCGUACUCUCAUUCAUCCCUGCUGACGGUAAGUCCACCCUUAUGACCUACCAAGUGGAUCUCUCUGCAUCGAAUAACACCAGCCAGAUCGGUCUUGUUGAUGUAGAAUUCACCACGGGGCUUGGAGCACAUCAAAACGAAUUCGAAGUGAAACUCUUCAUCAAACAAAACAAGGGCACCACCAAGAUUGAAGACUUUACCGUACAAGUCGUGUGUCCUGCCCUCACAGAGGAACCAUCAUCGACGAUACGAUCGGGUAGAGUCACCCAUGGGGACUUUUCUUACCGUGGACAUGGGGUUGGAGAAUGGAAUCUUCGUGGUCUUUCCACGGGUGUUCAACCAAUUCUUCGUGGUUCGAUCACAGGCGGUGCAUUGGAUAGUGAUGACGAUUUGAUCCUUUCCAAGGAGUCUGACGUCGACCGUGGCAGUGCUGCAUCGACGCCAACCAACUCCUCUCAAGCCCCGGGGUCGACUGCUCUUCAACCGGAAUACUUGAGAUUGUCCUACAACACCAAAGGCCAUGUCCCGAGCGGCCUCAAGGUUGAGUCUCUCAAGCUCAUAUCGGCCAGAGGCAUGGGGGAAGCCGUGAAACCGUACAAGGGAGUGAAGUAUAUAACCAGGACUGGCGAGUACAUAGUUAGAAGGUAA